AUGGCUCCAUUACCCGGUGUUCCCGCCGAUAUCCAACUCCUGGGAUACCUGUUCGCGUAUCUGCUACAGGGAAUGCUGAUGCUGCAAGUCUUCCUGUAUACGUUGAACUAUCCCAAUGAUCGAAUGUCAAUAAAGGUCACAGUGUGGUCUGUCCUAACGCUGGAGACGAUAGCGACGGCCUUCGCGACCAAUUCGGCAUGGGAUGGUCUAGUGAAGGGCUGGGGAGACUUGGACACCCUCCUCCAUCCAUCGUGGUCCUUCUCAAUCUCGCCUGCAAUCUGCGGCUUCAUCGCCGGCGCAGUGCAGAUUUUCUUCUCGACGCGGAUGUCGGUCUUCUCGAAGUCGCGCAUCCUGCCUGGCUUGACGAGUCUAAUCGCCAUUACAGCUUUCGUGAUGUCGUUGAUCACUACAAUCAAGCUAUUCCUUAUGCCAGACCUGACUCACCUCAGUGAGGUCACUGUCGUUGCAUCGAUAUGGCUGGCAGGAAAUGCGUUUUGCGACUUAUUGAUCGCUGUCAGCAUGGUGAUCCUGCUGAGACGAGCGAGCAAGCAGUCGAGCUUCAAGCACACCAGCUCGCUCCUGUACCGGUUGAUGAGGCUGUCCAUCGAGAGUGGAUCGACGACGGCUCUGACCUCCAUUCUCCAUCUCAUCCUGUUCCUUUCGGUUCAUAACAACGGUCAUUUCCUUUUGAUGUACAUGACUGCAAAAUUAUACUCCAACACGCUCGUUGCCAACCUGAACGCACGCCGCCAGAUCCGCUCGAACCAUGGCACUGGCUGGAACGAAGAGGCGAGCUCCUCCGGCGCCGCGUCCAGACACAACCUAUCCCAGAUGGGUCGCCACACGAACACAGUGCCCGCUGUCUACAUCUCGACAACCCAGCAGGUGGACUUCGACAACGGGGUCACUACCACGGAGCUGCAAAAGAUCUCGCAGACCAAGGAUUUAUGA